AUGGAAGGAGCCAAUCGUGCGUACGCAUCCACGUUCAGGCAAAGAAUGGAUGACAUUCUGCAUACAAACGUCGAGACAGCACACGAUGGAAGCACCCCACGUGCCUCGCAGCACAAUUCACCGGAACCUGCGCUAGCACCGCAGGAUUCUGCAUCGCAAGUCAGAGGACCUGCAUCCCCGACACCAUCACUCCUACCAGCAUAUGUUCCCCCCAUCUGGGAGUUUGACGGACACCAAUUUGAGCAUCUAGAAGAUGCGCUCAGACAGUCCGCUCCCGGCGAAGUUCCGGAUCACAUCCGAGAAUGGGUGAUCAUCGCAAUGAAGCUUACGGUCAGCACUGAAGUCGCCAAGGUCUACAAUGAGGCAGUUCUCCAGACGGAGAUCGGAAAGCUCAAAGAUAGGAUCCUCGCGCAAGAUGCACAUAUGGUGGUUUUGAAUGAUGAGCUCACGGAAACCCAGGCGGCAAUGCUCGAUACAGGCAAAGAAAUGAUGGAAAUCAAGGCAGCUAAUGUCAAGCUGCGGCACGAGCUAGCUUCGCUCAAAGCAAGCGGCGUCACUGCAAUGCAAGGUCAAACAUCCAGAACGGAAGUCUGGAGGACUGGCUCCAACAACUCGGGCAAAGGAAGUCUGGAGGACUGGCUCCAACAACUCGGUAUAUGGAUGCGGUGGAAUGAGAUCAACAAUGACGAACACAAGAUUACCACGGCCCUGCUGCACUUGGAAGGUGGCGCAUUCACCUACAUGUCCGAAUACGCAACCAGGGCAGCAGCACGGCAGGCACUUGGCACACGGGAAGACUUCGUCAACAUUCUCAAAGUAAACUACAGGACCCUCGACCCGGACAAGGAUGCGCAGCAGCAUUUAAAGGAUAUCUGCAACAAGAUGUAUCCCACCAUGGUAUCUUUCACAGAACAGUUCCAUCAAUGGGCCACUAAGACCAACUUAGGGCACACUGCACUCAUCGGUUACAUUGCUGAACAUCGAAGCAAGGAGGUACGCCAGGCAAUGGUUACAAGAGACAGUCUAGGAAUUUCCGACCCCAUCACAUGGCCGGAGUACCUCGACCUAUGCCUUCAACUGGAAUCUAAGUUCAGGGCUGAUAAGGCAGGACAGCGCGGAACGGCAACAACGUCAUCAUCAUCGGCACCAUGGACCCUGAAAGACCCCAACGCAAUGGUUGUGGAUCGAGUAUCCACCCUCACCAAGGAGCAAGAAGGAUGGCUGGAGAAGAAGCUGUGUGUACGAUGUGGGCAACACCCCUUCGUUUUUAAACAGCGAUGCCCAGACCCCAAGUACAAAGGCAAAUUCGAAAUGCCAAAGUGGGGCCAAGCAACAAGGGCAAUUUCUUCAAACAUGGACUCAGACAUCUCCGACGACAGCAAGGCGAGAUACAAAGCAGUCUGUGCUUUCAUCGCCAGCUAUGACAUGAAGGGAAAGGACAAGGAGGCAGAACCGGAACCAGCUGUCAAAGCAGCUAGGAUCACGGAGGUAGAAGAUGAUGAGGAUUUUCUUUGGCGGGUUCUCUGA